CCAAACUGCUCUUGCUGCUGCAACAGACCAAAACAUUAACAUCAUGGAUUUACUAGUUUCUGAAUAUCAGAAUCGCCAAAGGAUCAAGAAAAUUGAGAACUCCUUCCGUCCAUCAGCGCCGCAGCUUUUCACACCAGGUCGAUUUCUGACAGGAGAGGGGCCCCUGAUGAAGCAGGGCCGCAAGAAGAGGGAGGAGAAAAUGUUCUUCCUCUUCAACGACAUCCUGGUGUACAGCAGCAUCAUCAUGACCAACCGCUGGUACAAGAACCCCAAGAUCAUCCCGUUAAAGGACAUCAAGUUGGACGACUUGGAGGACUCUGACGAUGUGCAGCACCAGUGGCUGAUCUGCACGCCUCGUAAGUCCUUUUACGUGUCGGCCUCCUCCGGCGAGGAGAAGAAAGCCUGGAUGCAGCACAUCGAGGUCUGCCAGCAGACCCUGCUGCAGGAGCCGGGCCCCCAAACAGAGACAACCUACGCCAGAUCCUGGAUCCCCGACCGAGCCGCUCAGAAGUGCAUGCGCUGCUUCGCCACGUUCACCGGCAUCAACCGGCGACAUCACUGCAGGAAGUGCGGCUUCGUGGUGUGCAACACGUGCUCCAAGGGCCGGGCCCUCAUCCAACGCAUCCACCCCAACAAACCGCUGAGGAUCUGCAAAGUCUGCAACAAAACGGACGAUGACAAGACCUCCCGCCUGAGAGGGGGCAGCUCCGGCUGGUGGGACGAAACAUGCAGCGAUGAAGAGUGAACACUGACCAAUCCUCCCCUAGUGACCACAUUGUAGGAUAAGAUUCGCCUAAACUCCUCUGGAGAAAAUGUAGCCAUUAAACAGUACGGAGUUGAUGUUCAGGUGAGGGAGAGGAAGGACACGUUUCAGCCGCCACCUGAGUUCAACAUGAACGUGUUGAUAAGACCUGCUGGCCUGGAGGACAGCAACGCAACCGCGACAGAGAGUUGGACUGUUGAUGACAAUAAAGAAGCUGCUGUAGACGACAGAAAGUCAUGAAGUAUUUGAAAAGUAAAACAUAUUGUAAGUUAUUUGUAAUAUAAAGUGUUCUGUUUUAGGACUUAGUUUGAUGUUGUAUCGAUUUGCCCAAACAGUAGAAUAUCAUAUGAAGCCAGACGUCCUUGUGUAUUGCUGCAACUUUAUCAAUAAAAUUAAAUGUCCAAUAUACGUAAAGA